UUUACUUCUCAAUGUUCUUGACUGGAAUUUCCAGCUUCGUAACAUCUCGUCCUUUUUUUUAUUCAGAAUAUUACCAAUCGGCCUCAUUUCAGAGCCGCGUCGAGGGCCGACUUCCCACCCGAUGGCACCUCACGAUUCCUCGAGGAGAUGGACGGUGCUGUACCUGGCGCUCGUGGCGGCGGGCCUGGCAGCGGGGGCGGCGCAGAAGAGGAGGCCCAACGUGGUGAUCCUGGUGGCGGACGACCUGGGCAUCGGCGACCUCGGCUGCUACGGGAACACGACCAUCAAAACGCCCAACAUCGACAGGCUGAGUGAGGAGGGAGUGAGACUGACCCACCACCUAGCUGCAGCCUCCAUGUGCACCCCGAGUCGAGCUGCGCUGCUAACCGGACGAUACCCCGCGAGAUACGGUUUGGUAGGCGAGGAGGGGACAGCGCCUGUGGUCGUUCACGUGGCCAGUCGCGUUGGGCUGCCGGUGGAGGAGGUCACCUUCGCCAAAGCUCUGUCUGCUGCGAAUUACACCACAGCCGCUGUCGGCAAGUGGCACCUUGGCAUGCGGUGCGGGCUCGGGGGCCUCGGGUGCAGCGGGCCCCAGGACCACGGCUUCCAGAACUUCUUCGGGUUGCCGUUCACGCUCGCGGUCGAACUGGAGGGCGACCACGACUUCUGGAUCUUCACGCCGGAGGUUCGGUUUAACAAGAUUAUCGCGAGAUUAUGUGUUGUGGGUGUACUAACCAUCCUCGUGUGGGGAUGGCUGGUCAAAUGCAGUCAGGAGACACAGAACACCCUCUUCGUUGUGUUAGCGCUUGCACUCGUCAUCCCGUGGUUCGUGCACACACACUACCGCUUCCACACAGAGAAAUGGUGGCAGGUGUCGCCCUGGAUGGACCAGCACCUCAACGGCAUCCUGAUGAAGAACUCGAAGGUCGUCGAGCAGCCGCUGGUUCUGGAGGGCCUCUCGCAGCGCCUGGUGGAGUACUCGCUCGACUUCAUCACCGACCACGCCCACGAUGAGAACCCGUUCCUCCUGUACCACUCUUUCGCCCACGUGCACACGCCCAUGUUCACGGCCCCGCACAUGGCCGGCAAGAGCAAGCAUGGCAGGUACGGAGACAACGUCGAGGAAAUGGACGCCGGUGUGGGGGCCAUCCUGGACGCCCUCGAGCAACACGAGAUCGACGACAACACCAUCGUUUACUUCCUGUCAGAUCACGGAGGCCAUCUCGAGGCCAUUGAUAAGGGCCAGCGUACAGGCGGGCACAAUGGCCUGUUCAAAGGAGGGAAAGGCAUGGGUGGAGCAGAGGGUGGCAUACGUGUGCCCGGGAUCUUCAAGUGGAAGGGGCAUAUGCCAGCUGGAAAGACCAUAGACACACCAACCUCACUGCUAGACACACUCCCCACGCUGCUGGAGUUGACAGACUUGCCUCCAGUCAACAGCCUUUUCCCCGAGUUGCCUGAGCGGGACUUGGACGGAACGAGUCUGGCCGGACUCCUCACAGAAGGGACGGCCCUGAAGCCUCGGUCCUUGAUCCACCAUUGCCGCCAAGCCAUUCAUGCGCUAAGGCUCGUAGUAGAGGGCCGCGUGUACAAGAUGCAUCUGGCAAAACACAAGUGGUCCCCGGGCAGCACCCAGUGCGGUUGGGGAAGCAACAACCUGUGCUCCUGCUUCGGUGACGGGGUUGAGGACCUUACCUUUGACCCGGAAGUGUAUGACCUGACCAAUGACCCUUAUGAAGAUAAACCCAUUUCUAGUGAAUCUACAGAGUACUGGCACGUGGUAGGAGCCCUGAGGCAGUUCCUGGCAGAGUGGAAGGCCCGCGUCCCGUACCCUCCCUCCCAGUUCAAAAACAAAAUGGACACUAUGUUGUCUCCGUGGUUACAGCCCUUCCGUAUCCCGUUCUUGUAAGGCUCACCGCACGACCUGGCAUGUGCGUUGCGUCGAAGGGGAACAAGGGAGAAAAUGGUCAUGAUUUGUACGUGGUGUGGAUGGUAGGGCUUAGAGACUUGGAUGUAAAUGUUAAUAAAUUUUGUAUUUAGUUUUA